UCGGGAGUGAGGGGCAUCGCGCUGCGUGCUCAUCCCCUGUCUCCCUGCAGCCAGCUACAGGCCCUGGGAGAAGACCAGCCAAAGCAUCUUCUUCCUGUUCAAUGCCUCCCAGGUGCGGGCGCAGAUCAGCAGCGAGGCCCUGCUGCACCGGGCCGAGCUGCGUAUGCUGCAGAAGCCGGGCGUGGAGCAGCGGCUGGAGCUGUACCAGCACUACGGGAACGGGUCCUGGCGCUACCUGGACAGUCGCGCCAUGGGGCGGGUGCCGGAGGAGGAGUGGCUGGCCUUCGACAUCACCGAGGUGGUUCGCCAGUGGCUGAGUGGCCAAGAGGUUCUGGAGAUCUUUAAACUCCGUGUUCACUGCUCCUGUGAGGACACCUGCGAGGAACUGAAAGUGAUCAUAGACGGCUUCGACAAUAGGCGGGGUGACCUGGGCACCGUCUCCUCCACGGCCCAGAAGCCGCCAUAUGUGCUGGUGAUGUCCACGCCCCUGGAGCGCGCCAGCCACCUGCAGAGCUCGCGCCAUCGCCGGGCGCUGGACACCGACUACUGCUUUGGGGCGGAGGAGAAGAAUUGCUGCGUGCGUCCUCUCUUCAUCGACUUCCGCAAGGACCUGCAGUGGAAGUGGAUCCACGAGCCCAAGGGCUACAUGGCCAACUUCUGCAUGGGCCCCUGCCCCUACAUCUGGAGCUCUGACACCCAGUACAGCAAGGUCCUGGCUUUGUACAACCAGCACAACCCGGGCGCCUCGGCUGCGCCCUGCUGCGUCCCCCAGGCCCUGGCACCUCUGCCCAUCGUCUACUACGUGGGGCGGAAGCCCAAGGUGGAGCAGCUCUCCAACAUGAUCGUCAGUUCCUGCAAGUGCAGCUGAUCGCCCAGGACACACGGACUCACUCCCCCUCCCCCAAGACCGGGGGGGGGCCGUUAAACGGGGGUUGGGAUGCGUUGGAGUUUUUAUUUUUAUUAUUAUUAUUGUUAAUUUUUUUGUAAAUUUCCUCGGUGUUUCUGGGUUUAGAUUUUGAAUUAUUUGUAAUUUAAAGAAGAAGAAGAGAAUUAUUUAACGAG